AUGAUAACAAACAGUUUAGUGAAAGUCAGUGCCGAGAAAGGGAUUGCAUUUAUAAUCCUAUUAAAGAUAAGCCGCAAAUUCCUUAUUGUUAUUUCAAUGGAGCAAAACUCGGCCUCACUUAAACUCAAAGAUACGGCAAAAGACACUAAAUUUGUGAAACAAUUGGAAAAUCUUAAACUUUCGGUCACUUAUUAUACGGAAAAUAUAUUGAGAUUCAAGAUUUCGGACGCAAUUAAUACGAGAUAUGAAGUGCCCUUUCAGUCAAACUUCCCAUUUGACACAUCGAUCGGUGGUCUGAUAUUUAGCGAUCAAUUCAUUCAAAUAUCAAGUUAUUUGCCGUCAAAUAAUGUGUACGGUUUGGGAGAGAAUACUCACCCGUCUCUCAGACAUGACUUGAAUUACAAGACUUGGCCCAUAUUUACCAAAGAUAAUGCACCCGACAGUAAUGACGAGAAGAAUAAUUACGGUCAGCACCCCUUCUAUACAGUACUUGAAAGUAAUGGCAAUUCUCACGGAAUUCUAUUACUUAACAGCAAUGCUAUGGAAUACACACUAAUGCCGGCGCCGGCGAUGUCUGUGAAAACAAUUGGAGGAAUAUUGGAUUUCUUUGUGUUUAUCGGCGAUAAUCCCGAACAUGUCAUACAGUUAUACACUUCACUCAUUGGGCGCACAUUUAUGCCAUCGUUUUGGGCGUUUGGCUUUCAAAUAUCCAAAUAUGGUUACCAUAACACCAAUCAAGUGAAAGCUGUGGUCGAGCGACAGAUUAAACAUCAGAUCCCAUAUGACGUUCAAUAUAUUGAUAGCGAUUAUAAAUUCUGGUCACGAGAUUUCACUAUCGAUCCAAACUAUUUCAAAGAUUUGCCACAACUUAUAACAGAGACUCAAAGCAAAUACAAUCUCCAUUGGACUCCAAUCAUAGACCCGGGUAUUCAAGGAAAUGAACCAAAUUAUUCAAUAUUUCUCGACGGAAACAAUCAAAAUGUAUUCGUAAAGUGGCCUAAAAGUGUUCCCAUACAAGACAGGCAUAAUCCCGAUAAUAUAGAUGUCACUCACGACAACAUGUAUGGGCGGGUAUGGCCUCCCGGACCCGUUGCCUUUCCCGACUUUAUGAAGAAUGCGACCCAAAACUGGUGGAUAAAUAACUUUAAACACUUGUACUCUAUUGGAUGGAAAUUCAAUUCACUUUGGAUUGAUAUGAAUGAGCCCGUGUCGGUCGAAUUUGGCACAGGCUUUAAUAUCACGUGCCCUCACAAUCAAUACGAUAAUAUUCCCAUUGAAAUAAAGGCUCUUUGGGUCCAUAACUUUGAGCGCUUGAGUAGACAAUCAAUUUGUAUGAUUGGAGUACAGGGAGAGUCCGGUCAAUACAAACACUAUGACGUCCACUCAUUAUAUGGUCUAUCGAUGGCUAUUCCCACACAAAAGGCAUUGAAUGAGAUAACAGGAAAGAGAGGUUAUGUAUUAUCGCGAUCAACAUUUGUAUCGUCGGGACAAUACACGGGUCACUGGUUGGGAGACAACCGAAGCAAAUGGUCUCAUAUGAAGGACUCAGUGAUAGGAAUGUUGGAAUUCAAUCUCUUCGGCAUUCCUUAUGUUGGAUCAGAUAUUUGUGGGUUCUUUGGGUUACCGGCACCUGAUCUCUGUCGUCGAUGGCAACAAUUGGGAGCAUUUUACCCGUUCAGUCGAAACCAUCACGAGAAUGGACAGGAACAGGAACAGGACCCCGCAGUUUGGGCUGAUAGGGGUCACCCGGAGGUGACAGACGCCGCUAGAAAGUCACUUUAUGUCAGAUACCAAUUCCUACACUAUUUAUAUACCCUUUUCUUCAAAGCCCAUGUAUUGGGCAAUACUGUUGUCAGACCUCUGUUUCACGAAUACCCGACUGAUCCGCAAACCUAUGGUAUAGACGAGCAGUUUAUGUGGGGAUCAGUUGUACUCUUUUCGCCGUUUCUGUUUGAAAAUCAAACAGAAGUGAAUGCAUACCUUCCCGACGAUGUCUGGUAUGAGCCGACAGAAGACUUUGUGAAAUUGUAUCCCAAUAGAGGACAUGUAAAACUACCCGAUUCUCGACUUUUCCCGCCUUUCCAUCUGAGGGGAGGAUAUAUUUUGCCCAUCGGUUGUGAUAAAGCAAUCAAUACACAAAUGUUGAGAGAAAAACCUAUUAAUUUAGAGGUCUAUCCGAAGAAUAAGAGUGCAAAGGGAGACAUGUAUUGGGACGACGGCGACUCUCUCAACACUAUUGAGACAAAUCACUAUAAUUUCUAUGAAUUUGAAUUGUUGUCCAACUGUUCCCUUCAUAUUGUGGUUAAAACCAAAGUGAGACACGAGACAAGUGUGGGAACAGCUAUGGUGUCGACCGGCGCCACACUAUUCACUUAUUUCUUUUAUACAAUACAAAACGUUAUGAUCGGACCAUCGCUUCUGGAUCUGCAGACCAAAUAUAACGCAUCGUUUCAACAGAUUUCGGUCACUCAGACACUCGCCGGCGCUUUCUAUACAAUUGGAUCUCUAAGCGGACCGUUGUUUAAUAUGGCAAACAAACAGAUCGCGUACAUGAUAUGCAUGUGUCAAAUAGGUAUAUGUAUUAGCAUAAUGUGUUACGUCCAGCGUUUAAGCAUUGUUUACCUGCUGUUUGUUAUCAUUAACCUCGACUGCGGAGGAAUCGAUUCUGUGUCCAACGUAUGGAUAGUGGAGAUGUGGGCCCAGAAUUGCGGGCCAUUCGCACAGGGAUUGCGAUUACAAACUACGGCUCUGAAUGACACUCUUUUAAACAAUACGGCGAUCGGCGACCGAUUGACCCUUAAGUCGGUUAACUCAUCGGUUAUUGAGAUCACUGAACACACGGUUACAACAAUUAAUAUCCCGUAUAUAUUGAUUGGUGUAUUGGUCGUCGCCUGCGGUCUAUUCAUCGGUGGCCUAAACUUCUACAAGAAGUACAUUCCUCGAGAAGUGGGCCCUAAAGAGCUCGAAGUGAAGGGAAACCGAAUCACGAAAUUCAUAUCACGUAUAAAACAGACGUUAGUAUCAGAAUUGAUGCCAACGAAAGCCAUACUAAUUGUGAUCAUAUUGUCAUCGCUUUUAAUUGGUUUUUCGGCCGUCAUUACAAUCAAUUGGAGUUCGUAUUGGACUUCAUUUGCCUCUUCUGAACUUCAACUGAACGACAAGUUGGCCAAUAAUAUCUAUGUGGUUAUGUUGGCCACAUCUACCUUAAGUAGCGGUAUAAGCGCGCCCAUUUCCACCUUGGUCAGUCCCAAUGUGAUCAUAUUUGUUAGUCUACUCCUCACUCUCUUAUCCCAAAUAUUAUUUGUUGUAUUUUCCAACACAUCCCUAACGAUGAUAUGGACGGCAAAUGUUAUACUGGGUAUUGGCGUUGGCCCCGUAUACGGGGCCGUAUAUCAAAUGGUCGAGUCAAUCACCCCGGUCACUAAUGUGAUGGGCACUAUGUUUGUAUUCUGGACCGGUCUGUUUCAAUGCCUGAGCUCAGUGGUGAUCGGUCGCUACAUAUCCUCAAUGUUUAUAUUGAAAACCGCAAACUGCCAAAAUCGGGAAAAUUCGGGAAAAUCGGGAAUUCCCGAAAAAUAG